GAUUAUUUUCAGUUCUUUAUCGCUGUCGUUACACACACAUACACACCGUGAAAACAGUUUCGGUUCGAGUGUAUACAUGUGCAUUUGUCCGUUUUCCUAUCGAGUGUCAGUCGAAUAGGUAUGUGCAGCAACGAAUCACCAACGAAUACCCCAUCCAGGCUACCCAUUCCUUUCAACGGAAUGGAUCCAAACUCAUCACCUAGGGCGCUGCUGCCAUUAGAUCAAUACCGUCUGCAGCUAUACCAGUACGCUUUUGCAGAAAGGCUACGAUACCCCAUGCUCAAUCCGUUUCCGACACCUUUGACCUGCUACCCCCUGUUCCCGAGGGCUCUACAACCCGAGGAGCCAAAACCUCAGCAUAGUUACAUCGGUCUGAUCGCCAUGGCCAUCCUCAGUUCCCCGGAAGCAAAGUUAGUGUUGUCCGACAUUUACCAGCAUAUUUUGGAUCAUUACCCCUACUUCAGGACGAGGGGACCAGGCUGGAGGAACUCGAUAAGACAUAAUUUAUCCCUGAACGAUUGCUUCAUCAAAGCUGGAAGAAGUGCCAAUGGUAAAGGGCAUUACUGGGCAGUGCAUCCAGCCAAUGUCGAAGAUUUCCGCAAAGGUGAUUUCAGAAGAAGAAAGGCUCAAAGGAAAGUUAGGAAACAUAUGGGACUAGCCGUUGAUGAAGAUGGUGCUGACUCCCCUAGUCCUCCGCCACUAUCAGUAAGUCCACAGAUGGUAGCUGGUCCAUCGACGCCGGUUUAUAACAUAACAUCAAAUAAGACAAGAACUCAUCGUAAAAGACAAUUCGAUGUGGAAUCACUACUAGCCCCAGAUUCUGGUGAAGAAACCAAUGAAGAGGACAUCGACGUGGUUUCUAGCUGCCAACACGAGCCGCCACAGAAGCAAUGUGCGAUGUUCCCCAUAGUCAACUAUUACCAAACCCUCCUCCAGACACGUCCAGUUGUGCCCAAAUUGGAGCCUCCAUCGGAAACGGACAGUAAGAGAGUUGAAAGUCCCGAAAACGAAGUUUAUAUGGAUUAACUCUGAACCAGCCAACUCCAUCACAAAAGGACCCAUUUUGUCCUCAGUAAACCUCUACCGAUUUUCAAUGUGGAAACCGUAAGAUCUUGUUUUACGUAUCUGUUAGCAUAUAUUAUAAGAAUCAGUGUUCAACUGCUGUUUAGAAUAAACUUGUGUGAAUUUUCGAAAAUCCCUCGUGAAAUUUUAUUGGACAAUCUCUUUCUCAGUUUUCAAUUCUCCCUUCAUUAGCUAGCUAUGUCUUCAACAUAGGUACGAAAAAUGUAUCGAAAGUUCUUACCGACAGACUAUCCAGUGUUAAAAUAUAUAGUAUCAUCUUGGACGCCAUUUGUAAAAUCAACAUUUGUGAAUAUAAAUGGCGAUUGUUUCCAGGAAUUUUACACCCCCAAUAAUCCUCUAGUUAAGUAUAUAUAGAAAAAAUAAUGGCCUUUGUGAAUUUUCUCAGCAAUUCGGAGAGAUUUUUUCGGUCAAUAAACCAUGUUCUAUUCUGUAAAUAUCAUUUUCUGUAUAGAUUUAUCACGAUUCAUGUU